GAAGGAGGCCGCGGCUAUCGAGGAGGAGGAGAAGGAAGCAGCAGCAGGGAGAGCGGAGAAAAUGGCGGCCGUGGCUGCGACUGCGGCGGUGCCGGGUGAUGCGGGAGCCGGCGAGGCCGAGCCCAUGCCGGGCAGCGAGGCCGGCGCGGACCCGCUCCCGGAAGGCACUCCGGCCGCAGCGGAGUCGGCCGUCCUCGAGGCCAGGGAGGAGCCCCAGCCGGCGCCAGGAGCGGAGGCCCAGGAGCCGCCAACGCCGCCCAGGAGCCCUGUGGAAGCCCUCCCGCCCCAGGCCCAGCCCGGACCAGGCCCCGAGGGAGAGCCCGGCCUCACCCAGGAGCGCCGGGAGCAGGAGCGGGAGGAGGAAGAGCCGCCCCCGCCGCCGCUGCCUUCCUCGCCCGCGGAGCCCAGGGAGGAGCUGCCCCGGCCGGAGGAGGAAGGGGAGCAGCAGGAGGAGGAGCCCGGCGAUGCUGCUGGGAGGCAGGCGGAGGUCCCCGCGGAGGAGGAGGAGGAGGCGGCGGGCGCAUUGUCGACGACGCCCCCGACGGUGCCGCUGCUUCCUGGCUCGGAGGUGCUGGUGACGCUGGAUCACAUCAUCGAGGACGCCCUGGUGGUCUCGUUCCGGUUCGGGGAGAAGCUCUUCUCCGGGGUCCUCAUGGACCUCUCCAAAAGGUUUGGACCCCAUGGAAUCCCUGUGACCAUAUUUCCCAAAAGGGAAUACAAGGAUAAACCUGAAGCAAUGCAGCUCCAGAGUAAACCAUUCCAAGAUGAGACACAGGUGAAGUGUGAAGUCAGUGGUGUAGUCAAGGACUCUUCUCCCAUCCAGCCAUCAGAACCCAGCCUGGCUAAAAGCCUAUGGACUUCCAAGCCACCUCCCCUCUUCCAUGAAGGAGCACCAUAUCCUCCUCCUUUGUUUAUCAGGGACACAUAUAACCAGUCAAUACCUCAGCCUCCACCUCGGAAAAUUAAACGGCCCAAGCGGAAAAUGUACAGGGAGGAACCCACUUCUAUUAUGAAUGCUAUCAAACUGCGACCCAGACAGGUCUUAUGUGACAAAUGUAAGAACAGCAUUGUUGCAGAAAAAAAAGAAAUUAAGAAAGGCAGCAAUGCAAGUGACUCCCCAAGGUAUGAUGAUAGUAGAAAGCGAAGAAAUGAGAGCAUAACUACUGUGAAUAAAAAAAUUAAAACUGAUCAUAAAGUUGAUGGGAAAAGCCAAACUGAAAGCCAGAAAAAAAAUUCUGUGGUCAAAGUUGCAAAUAUUGCCCACAGCAGAAGCAGAGUAGUUAAAGUUACCACUCAAGGAAAUACAUCAAAAACACAGUUAAAUACUAAAAAGGUUCUCCAGAGUAAAAACAUGGAUCAUGCAAAAGCUCGAGAAGUGUUGAAAAUAGCCAAAGAGAAGGCACAAAAGAAACAGAGUGCAACCUCUACUUCCAAAAAUGCACAUUCAAAGGUCCACUUCACGCGGCGUCUUCAAAACACCAGCUCAGGUUCCCUACCUCCAAGAUUGCGUCUGAAGCCACAAAGGUACCGAAAUGAAGAAAACGACUCCUCUCUCAAGACAGGGCUUGAGAAAUUGCAGAGUGGCAAGAUGGCAGCUAAGCCCCAGUCUCGCUGCUCCUCUACCCGCUCAGCAGGAGCAAGCAUUUGGGAAGGAAAAAAGAAAAAGGAAGAAAAAAGACCUGAAGCUAAUCUAAACUCCAGUUUGUUUUAUCUUAAAUACAAAGGCUCUGUUACUAUAGUUUGAUGCUAAGGUAUGUGUUUUCCCCAUAAUAUUCAAACAUGAUUAAUUUUAUUCCAAAACAUUAAAAGCUAAAUUCAGUGUUCUGCCCACUGAAAUUGAUGAAAUUUAUUAGUUGUGAUUAUAGUCCCAUUCAUUUCAUUGGGUAGGAUUGCUGUUGGAGUUAGCUUGCAAUUUUUAAUCUUGUUAAUCAGCGUGCACAUAAUUUUGAAAUCUGAUCUAACUAGUUUUUCAACUCUUCCUGAGGACUUCUUUGCAAUAGGGAUAGUUUAUCAUGAAUUUCCAAAUCUCAUUUAAAUUUGCAUCCAGUCAAUGCUUUUUGAAAUUAGAAAACACACAAAAUUAAUAGCAUGCAACACUGUUUUGCUCCUGUAUUAUGUAUUCUUUCCUGCAAACAGAAACAAAUACAGUAUGUAAAUGAAGAAGAAUGUAGGCUGUGUUCAGCAUUUUAAUUUUUAAAAAUGCACAGUGUAGCAGAUAGCUUUUAGUGUUUGCUGCAGUUUUGAAAAAACAGUUCCCAUUUAGGGCCACUGUGCACAUUAUGAAAUGGAUAAUGCAUGGGGUUACAUGCUGAUUUUAUGGGUGGGUGUAUGUAAUAAAAAAAUAAGAUUAAUACUUUUUUUUAUACAAGUCUUCAAGAAUUUGUUUUGAAUACAUGCAGCCUAAUACACUGGAGUAAUACUAAGACUAUAAUUUGGUACUGAAGACUUGGUUUAGUAAAAAAUGAAGAUAAAUAAUAACAUGUCCUCAUGUUUAUGUUCCUCCCAGUUCCAUAGGUCAGUGAAAUCACCCAUAAGUUGAAGUCUAGCGGUUCAUACAUUGCCUAGUAGUGAGGAGCAGAAAUUACACUCGCUGUAAAUCUCAUGCUAUUCUCAGACAGCCUUAGUCUCUUUGCUUGAUGCCCUCGGGGAAAUACUGGAGGAGUUUAGUGACAUUUGGAUCUUACCAGUGAUGAAAUAAUGACCUGAACUGCUGAAUGGUCACCAUGUAGUUACAUCCCAUUGACUCAGUGGUCUAUUCUUAUUGGUGACCAAUCCAUAUCAAUGUCAUUGUGCAUGCUGCACAAGUCUUGGUACCUGGCAUCUAUGGUUUAAUAUUCUUAACCAGAGAGGUGCCAUGGAAAUGUAAUUAUUAUCAGUUUACUGUGAAGAUGCAUACCUAGAUCAUUUUGUUUUGGAUGCUUCCAGGCUUCUAAGUGGAAGCUGCUAUUCAAGAAGGAACCCCAAAGUAGAAAACAUAUUGUGGCUUGCAUUUGAGAGGCUUACUGUGAGAACAGAAAGCACUUCUUCAGCUUUGUUCAGGGAAGAUGAUGUUGCUGAUUUUCACUGAUCUGCAGUUUUUUAGGAAAUGGAAUGAGAAGUGCCAAGGAGGAUGUGGGAUUCCAGGCACACAUACAGGGACUGUACACAUUGGCAAGAUUUUAAAAUAUCCAACCUGUUGAGUUUGGGAUACAAAUCUGGUGAAAAGUUCUGCCUGCAUUUUAACACAAGGCACCAUUAAAAUGUCUGUGCAGCCUCUUGGUUUGUAUAUGGUAUCUUAAGUAAACAGUUCAGGUAGUUUCAUGCUUCACUUUUGAUAAUUCAUAGUCAAAACUAAAACUGGAAUAGUUUAUUCAGCAGCAGAGUGAUUGAUGAAUGAGGUGCUUAAUCUUGUAGGCAAAACAGUUGCAAGCCAUUAGCUGUUAAUGGAGCUCUCACACCAUCUUGAAACCGCCUACAGGUUGAGCCUCCCUUAUCUGGAACUCCAAAAUCCAAAACUUUUUUUCCAUGGGUGGCAGAGAUAGUGA